AUGGACAGGAUAGGAGUCUCAUUCCUGGACCCUCUGGACGACUACGAGUUAAUUCACCGCAUCGGUUGCGGUACCUACGGAGACGUGUUCAAGAUACAACCGCAGAAGUCCAGGGCUCGCAACAUCAGGACCUCAGAACUAACGGCUAUUAAGAUUGUCAAGCUCGACCCUGUGACUGGGCCAUUAAAAGAGAAACAAAUAGCCUUUGUGUGCCGGGAGACCCUUCAGGGUUUGUAUCACUUGCAUGAAACUGGAAAAAUGCACAGAGACAUUAAGGGAGCCAACAUCCUUUUGACUGAGAGAGGAGAUGUGAAACUGGCUGACUUCGGAGUGGCAGCAGAGAUCAGCGCCUCGGUGGCCAAAAGAAAGUCCUUCAUCGGAACUCCCUAUUGGAUGGCCCCAGAGGUCGCUGCAGUGGAAAAGAAGGGAGGAUACAACCAUUUGUGUGACAUUUGGGCUGUUGGCAUCACUGCCAUUGAAUUGGCGGAGCUCCAGCCGCCCAUGUUUGACCUCCACCCGAUGAGGUCUGCAGGUUUCCAGAGCUUUCAUCCGUUUGUGACACAGCUGCUAACCCGAAACCUGGUCAUUGAGCUGCUGGACAUGGCUAAUAACCCAGAGCUCCACAACUCUCUCACGCACAGCAUGGAUGACUACGAGCUUGAGGUUGGGGAAAUGGCUCCUGACAAGAUUCAAUCUGCGGGAAAACAUCUACCUGUAGAGAGGACCGUGUCUGAAGAACAAUUUGAUCAAGUAAAGUUUGGCCCUCCACGGAGAAAAGUCACUGAGCCCUAUCCUGAUAUGCAGGGCUCCUAUGAUGAUUGGAGUCUGUCUGAAGAUGAGGACAGCUCCCUGGGCCUGUUGGAAUGUGUGGAGCAAGCUCUGCAGAUGAGGAGUUUAACCAUUAAAAGGACGCCAUCUGCUGACGGAGGUAGGAAAAGUGGUUUCUUCAGUCUAUCAACAGCCUCGUUGCCAGUCUUCAGCUCAUUAGCUUCCAACGCAGAGGACAGAGACUUGACAUUGAGGCCGAGCUGCACACUCGGCCCGGACUCUGCCAUCCCAGCUGACUCCAGCUCUGCUGCAGUCUUGGCCAGGUGUUCAGGCACACAAGACAUCAGCCAGCGCUGCAGUGAUCCAUGCCUGUCUGCAGACGAAACCGUAAACCCGGAAAAAAGGACGAUCACCACGGUUUCCUCUCCAAAAAAAGAUGUGCCUCUAUCGCCUGAGUGGAGCACGCUGAGGAGAAAAACAGAGGACUCUAGAGCUGAUUGUCAUGGACUUCCUCCCACCCCUCAAGUCCAUAUGGGAGCUUGCUUCUCCAAGGUCUUCAAUGGUUGUCCUCUAAAAAUCCACUGUGCUGUCACUUGGAUUUACCCCAAAACAAGAGAUCAGUAUCUUAUACUUGGGACUGAGGAGGGAAUCUACACACUGAACCUGAAUGAACUUCAUGAGGAUACACUGGAGAAGCUGCUGCCCCAGCGAUCCACAUGGCUAUAUGUUAUGAACAAUGUGCUCAUGUCUGUGUCAGGCAAGUCGUCCCAGCUUUAUUCCCACAGUCUGAACGCUCUGUUUGAACAAAAAGGGCAUCUGCAGAAGAAGCACAGUAGUCUGUCUCUCAGUACCAGCCGCUUUACCGACAGGAUCAACCCCAGAAAAUUUGCCAUAUCUGUGAAAAUCCCUGACACUAAAGGCUGUAGGAGAUGUAGUGUAGCCAGAAAUCCUUACACCGACAGCACAUUUCUGUGCGGGGCAGUUCCAUCUGGCCUGGUUUUACUGUUGUGGUAUGAGCCUCUCCAGAAGUUUAUGCAUCUUAAGCACAUAGCAGUUAGGCUGCCUGACUCUCUGCCAAUAUUUGAGCUGCUCGUGCUCGUGACAGAUGAGUUUCCUCAACUGUGUGUGGGAGUGAGAGAGUGUGAUAAUGGGAAGCCCCCAACAAGCCAACAGCUAAAGUUUGAUAUAAUAGAGCUGAACGGCACACCUAUUUCAAUAACAGAUAAUAGAGCGCUGGGAGCUGUACAGGUAACCCAACUUGACCGAGACACCGUUCUCAUUGCAAUAGAAAAAACAGUCAAGAUUGUGAACAUGCGGGGGCUGCCAUCCUCAGAACAUGCUUCUGAAAUAAUCUUUGACUUCCCAGUUGAAACGCUAGUCUGCUUGCAGGAUAGUGUGCUGGCUUUUUGGAAGCAUGGCCUGAAAGGGAAAAGUUUCCAUUCGGAUGAGGUAACACAAGAAAUUACUGAUGUCAGUCGAGUGUUCAGAGUUUUGGGGACGAACAGAGACAUCAUCCUCCAAAGUACGCCAACAGAUGACCCCUCAGCGCUGAGCAACCUGUAUAUCUUGACUGGCCACGAGAACAGCUACUGAGCACCACAAAGGACGUCUUGAAGACGCAAACUAAAGGAAUGCAGACCUUUUUAUCACCGUGAUGAAGAGAUGAUGCCCGUCUUCACUGAGGUUGCGGUAGACAGUAUUGUUAGCUCACUACACCGGCUUCCUGCAGGUAAUUAAGAAUAUCAGCAAGAGGCCUCAGUCUGAGUUUGCGUCAGAGAUACACAAAGAACUUGAGAUUGUGUUUGUAUAUAUUAUACAGUGUGACAUGGUUGAAAAGCUUACGGUGUAGUUGAGUAUCCUAUGACGUAGUCUAAGCCUUAGCAUUCCUGUAAACGGGUGCGCAACACUUCACAAGUAUAACUACACAAACCAUGACCACCCACCAGACCAUGUUUACGCAAUGCCAUUCAAAUAACUUAACUUUCAGUCACCAUUUUUAAGCCGCAACAGAAACCAACCAUUGAAACCAAUAGAUUGUAUUCUAACUCUCAGCUGACCAGUUUAGUCUGUUUUCACACCAAACAAAAAUGGACCCACCCAAAGAGAAAGUCUUGAGCAACCCUUCAUUUAAGAGAAAAUCAAUAAAUAUGGCAAACUGAAUUUGAACGAGCUUCAAAGUUAUAUUCUAAAUAUGUUCUCCGUCAAAUUGAUUCUGCAUUGCAUCUGUAAUGUUUGGGUUUUGGAUCUGGGGCAGAUGUAUAUUCCCGGUUUGAAUCCUAAGGCUCCUCCCUGUGUGGAGUUUGCAUGUUCUCUACUUCCUCCCACAAUCUAAAAAGGUAAACUGAUUAUUUUUAAACUGGCCACAGCAAUAAAUGUGAGUAUGUACUGUUGUUCGUCUCUGUGGGGCCCUGUGAGAGACUGGUGACCUGUUCAGUCCCCCACAAUCCUACCAGCAAUAAGUGGCGUAGCAAACAGAUGGACGGACUGGACUGACAAAUGAGCCAGUGUCCUGAGAAAAACUUUGAUAAACCAGCAAAUAAACGGGGAAUGUCUGCUUUAAAAAAGUACAAAAAAGUAUGGUUCAUUGGAAGCAAAAUAUAAGGAAUUAAUGGGUGGCUCAAGACAUCUGCACAAUGCUGAGCAUUAAUAGUACAAGUUUGGAUGAGAAUAUAUAUAACAUAAAUGGUGCAUAAUGUAAAGUAUCUGAUUUUAUCUAUGAAUAUUAAACACAGUUGUAAAGUAUGACUCUGUUCCAUUAUUGUUGAUGGCAAAUCUACUAAAAGACUAAAUGUGCUUCUACAUCAGAUGAUGUAAAACUGUUACUUGUGCUUUUUUCCCCUACAAUAUAAAUGUCACUACAUUACAACUUUAUGUGUGUGUGUCCAUGUAAUACUUAUGCUAUUUAUGGAAAGGGAACUGUAUGAAUAAUGGGCACCUUUACCUGAGACGUUCUUGGGAGACACAAAAUACAUGAGUAUCUUUAUUUUCAACAUGUUUUGUUGUUGUCAUGGAUCCAUUUGAUGUAUAUAACCGUGCAGUGUGCUCUUAUGAUAUGGAGCAGAUGUAAUAUAAAAAAUAAAAA